CGAGAGCAUGUGCCCGCCCGUGCGAUUGAGCGGGUUGUAGAAGUCCACAUCGCCGCCUGCGGGCACCGGCGCGCGGCGCGAGAGCGCUGCGGGCGCUGCUGGCGAAGCGGCGGCGCUCGAGGCGAGGAGGACGCUGGCGCCGAGCAGCGAGGCGAGAGGCCAGCGCAUGGCGAGAGAGACGCGCAAGUGGAGGAGUGCGUGCUGCGCGCGCCCGAAGGAGAGCGAGGCGAGAGGGGAAGGCGAGGCCGUGCGGCGAUGCGGCAGUGCGAGGGACGAGGGUGCGAGAGGGAGAUGGAGCGGCAGGAGGAGGUGCUGAAGCAAGGAGCAGCCGAGCGCAGGCGUUGCGUGGGUAGGUGGGACGAGGUCACACGCUCAACGCCGUUGGCCGGCAGCGCUCGUCCGGCGUUUCUUGGCGAGCAGCGGAGUCCUGCGGCGCAUUUUCGACGGCCGCGGGAGCACCUCUCAUCCCUCGGCAGCUCAAAGGCACGCAACCCUUGCGAGCUUGCAAACGCCUCUGCUUUGCUGCCGCCGGGCGGCGGGCGGGAAGACUCGACUUGCAGGACAGCUCUGGGCGGCGGGGGCUGUGCCUGCCGAGCAGCAAACGCGAAAGGGCGGACGAGCCGCUCCACUUUGCCGGCGCGGCGUCUUGGCUGCGCCGAGGCGUCGGCGCUGCACAGCCGACGCCGGCCGCCGCCUGCAUGCACACCUCGCGUCGCUGAUGAGAUCAUCCCUUCAAGCCACGGCGCAGCAGAGGGGCGGCUCAGGGUGCCGUCCGCUCGUCCUCGUCUGUGCCGCUUCCGCUCGAGGACAGAGCAACGAGACCAGCUGCAGCACUCGGGCGCGGAUGCUGCGGAUGACCAGCACCUCCGACGUCUCACUCUGCAGCUGCUGAGCGGCGCCUUUGGGCGAGCGAGCGCACGCAAAGAAGAGCGCUGCUGCUCGUGGGUGAGCGCUGCGAUGUGUGGUGCGCGCAGCCCAUGCUCAUGACGCGGCGUCGCUGGACCUCUCUCUGUCUAUCGAGUGCAAGGCUGCAUCUGGCACCAAAAUUGGCAGAAGAGCAGAGUGUGAGGCAAUCAAGGCCAAAGCGCCCUGCUACCUCAGACCGCACGGCAGCCAGCCAGCUCUGCCUUUGACC